CACCAGAAAAACCCAGUCUUUGUGAAACAUUUUAUGGUUUGAUGAUAACAUUUUAUGGAGAAAUGAUGAUUUUAAUAUUAACUGUACUUGCAGGCUGAGGAGGGUUUGAUUGAAUAAACACAAACAGACACUUUGAUUGAUCAAAUGAUGCAGGCUCUGAAUGACUGAACCGAGCUUUGCCUUCCAGCAUCGAGCAGCUGUGAUAUGAACUCAUCCACACGUCUGGACAGCUUGAUUGACAUGUUUUCAAUGAACUUCAUCAGCUUUACUCUCUGUGUCAUUGUCAACUGCAUCAAUGGAGCUUUUGUCCUCACAUACUUUAAGAGUGAAGCCUUCCAGCGAGACCCCAGGUAUGUGCUGUACAUCCACCUGGUGAUCAACGACAUGAUUAUGAUGACAUUUUCUGUGGCACUACAGAUUAUGACCUACACCCUUUCCCUGGGCUUGGGUCCCUGCUGCACCAUAUUGCUCAUCUUAAUCACAACCAACAAUGCAGUGAUGAGGGUCAUUUUGUCUUCCUACAGGAUCAGCCCUCUGAACCUGGCUGGCAUGGCAGUUGAGCGUUACAUUGCCGUUUGCCAGCCUCUUCAUCACGUCCACAUCUGUACUGUGCGGCGAGCCUACGCCCUCAUCGCACUGAUCUGGAUCAUCUCCUUCAUUCCGGCCCUCACAGAUGUCGUCAUCGUCCUGGCCACCCGGCCUCUCUCCGUCUUCUCAACAAGCGUCGUCUGUAGUCCAAAUCACGUGUACAACACAUCGUACCACAAGGCACAGAGUGCAGUGGUGCAGGUGCUUCUGUUUUGCUUCGUCUUCCUGACUGUGAUCACCACCUACCUGAAGGUCGUCUGUGCUGCCCGGGCAGCUUCUGGUUCUGACAAGGCCUCAGCCAGAAACGCCCGCAACACCAUCCUGCUGCACGGCGUUCAGCUCCUGCUCUGCAUGUUGACUUUCAUCGCUCCCUUCCUCAACCAACUUUUACUCUCCAUUUGGCCUCUUAGAAGGACCAAGAUCCUCUUCACCACCUUCCUGUUCACCAAUGUGCUUCCACGUCUGCUCAGUCCACUCAUCUAUGGCAUCAGAGACAAGAAGUUCAGCAGCCACAUCAGGCUGCACUUCUGCUGUAAAUGCUGCAGCUCUGUAGAAAAGAGGAUGGACCUGAUCAGACUCUGGAGAAGGUUCAAGAGGCCUUAA